UUUCCUCAAAAACCCUAUUCACCCCCCUUUUUCAGCUCUCUCUCCUCUUUCAUCCAACCACAAAUGAAAGACAGCAUUAAGCAAUAGCUAAGAGAGGGGGUUAGUUGCUUCCCCUCUUUUGAGAAAAACCCAAUCUUUCAUCAUUUUCAGAAUACUAAGCUACCAAAUCAACCAACAGGACAGUCUUCCAAGAUUUUCUACUAUUGCUCAAACAAAGAAACUCCAAGAAGUUCAAAGAACAGAAAUGAACUGAAAUAAAGAAAGAAAAAAGGAAUCCUUCCACUCAGUCUCCCAUCAAUCUCUUCAUCAAUAUUAUUCAACCCCAUCAUCCUUUUGCCUCUCCAGUACUCCUUCUGUCUUGUAGUUUACAAAUAUGGUAAUCUUCUGAUAUUUCAAUCAAGAACCUCAACAUCAACUAUUUCCCAUCUUAAUUUUCCUUUAUAUUCGCACCAUAUCUUUCUUCUCAUUUGAAAAAUCUCCUUUCUCUUAUUAAACCCUAAAAAGAUCCCGAAAAACAAGGGUGGCCCAAAAAAUUAGCAGAAGAAGAGGAACAGUCACAAAAUCAAGAAGUGACUGAUUAUAAGAAUCAAGCAAAGAAAACCACAAAUCGCUUAAGGAGCUGAAAAUUAAUAUGGAUUCCUUUGCAGAAGUAGAGAGUUCCAAUCAUUUAGCGAAUACCAAUAACACUCACAACAACAACAGUAAUAAUAUUACAUCAUCAUCGUCAUCAUCGACCUCAAGCCGAUACGAGAACCAAAAACGUCGUGAUUGGAACACUUUCGGUCAGUACCUCAAGAACCAUAGGCCCCCACUCUGUCUUUCCCGUUGUAGCGGAGCACACGUCCUUGAAUUCCUUCGUUACCUAGAUCAAUUUGGCAAGACCAAAAUCCACACCCCAAUAUGUCCAUUUUACGGUCAUCCAAACCCACCAGCACCUUGUCCAUGUCCACUUCGUCAAGCUUGGGGUAGUCUCGAUGCACUUAUCGGUCGUCUUAGAGCUGCUUAUGAAGAAGAUGGAGGAAAACCUGAAACGAAUCCUUUUGGUGCUCGUGCUGUUAGGCUUUACCUUCGUGAAGUUCGCGAUUUGCAGUCGAAAGCAAGAGGUGUUAGCUAUGAGAAGAAGAAACGGAAACGUCCUCAACCACCACCAUCUGCUCAGCUACCACCACCAUCAUCAGUUCUGCUGGCCAGUCAUCAUGGAUUCAAAGCAUAGGUUUGCAAUGUACGGUUUUAGCCUAUUAAUUAGUAAGGCUAGUAGUUGGAACUAGUAGCAGGAACAUAGUUCUUGUACUCAAAUUUGUAGUAGAAAUGUACUUAAUUUGGGAGCAACAUGACUAAGAGGAGCAAUGCUUUGGAAUAAGUUUAAUUAUCAUUCAUAUUUAGCAUUAUGGAACCGACAUGAUGCUUUCUUGCUA